GUAUUAGUCAACUGUCCUGACGUCAUGAUAUCGUGCGCUUCUGGAUUUGGCUGAAGAAGAUGGCGGCCUCCUCAGGAGUUAAAGUUCCACGCAAUUUUCGUUUGUUGGAGGAACUGGAAGAGGGACAGAAAGGUGUUGGAGAUGGCACAGUAAGCUGGGGACUUGAGGAUGAUGAGGACAUGACUUUAACACGAUGGACAGGAAUGAUCAUUGGACCUGCGCGAACUAAUUAUGAAAACAGGAUAUACAGCCUGAAAGUGGAGUGUGGACCUAAAUACCCUGAAGUACCACCGAAUGUUAGAUUUGUAACAAAAAUUAGCAUGAAUGGAAUAAAUAAUUCCAAUGGGAUGGUGGAUGCACGUAGCAUACCAAUUCUAGCGAAAUGGCAAAAUUCUUAUAGCAUUAAAGUUGUUCUUCAAGAGCUAAGGCGUCUAAUGAUGUCCAAAGAGAAUAUGAAGCUUCCUCAACCACCUGAAGGACAGACGUACAGCAAUUAAUUGUUAAGAUUGUUUUUGACCCUCUGUCUUAAACCUUACUCUCCUAGAAAUGUCUCGUAAGUCAUCAGAGAAAAAAAAAGGAAUAAACAAAAACAAAGAAUUUGUUCACUCCACACAUGAACAGGCAGCACGGAAGGGGCUGGAUUGGACAUUUCUAAAUGUUUAGAUUUGAAAAAUUAAUAAAGCAAAGCCCAUAUGUGAGGCACUGUGUGAAAAAUUCUAUUUUAAGAUUGAGUGCACAAAGCUUUCUCCUCUAGUAAAGUUGUGUUGACCAUAAGCUUUGUUUUCUAACCGGGUUUUUUUUUUUUUUUUUUUGGGUAGGCCAAAAAGACUGGUCUUGCCGAUCUAUUAUAUUAAGUUACAAUGGCUGGACAUCAAAACUAAAUUUAAGAUAUGUACAUGACAGCAUGCCUAAGACAACUUGCAGUUUAGUUUGGGGAGAGAAAGAAAAGGUAUACAGCUAUGUUAAAUUGUUAGAUGGAUUUGUUGGAUGUACUGGAGCCCCUCACUGACUCUUAUUGUAAGGGUUACUAAAGUGUGCCUGCAGACUUGUAUUACAGUGGGGAAUGAGUGAAUGGUGGUCUUUUUUGCCCCCCACCCCCUUUUUUUAAUGUGACACUUGCAGUUUGUUUCAGUGCAGUAUCUUUUUAGCAUUUAAACAGAUGUUCAGUUCUGUUCUCACUCAAACCAUGCAUUUACCUCCUCCUAUAAAAUGUCUGGUGCAUUAAAAAAUACCCUUCUACAUUCUCAGGCCUGUACCUGUAUGAUUUCAUCUAUGAGUUUACUGUAUUUGCACAUAUUGCUAUCUUAUGAAUUUACUUAACAUGCAUUGCUAGUUUAGUAUGGAUUAUUGCAUAUGAUAAUUUUGUACAGUAUGGCUUAAUGUCCUGUUCGGGUGCUUGAAAUCAUUUUUGCAGUUUUAAGUUUGUAUACCCACACAUAGUUUACCAAUACUUCCCUCUCUAUAAUAGAGCAGCAACUCUGAUGUACCGAGAUGUGAUUAACGUUAUUCAUCAAGUAAGCCCUCACUAAACUUCAGGAGCUGCUUGUCUGCCUGAUUUUGAUACCGUAGGAUUGAGCAUUGAUGUAUGAACUGUUGGGCACAGAAUCUCUGGCCACUCAGUCAUUCGCAAAAUGUGGAUUCUUGUUAACAGAACUUGUUAAUGCAUCUCGAUAAGUAUUUGGUCCCUUUUUCUUUAUUUAUUUUUUUUAAACAGCAUAUAUUAUGGGUAUGUUAAAUUUGUGAGACAGGCUGCAUUCAGGAUAAUAAAUCGGAUAUUGUGGAACA